AUGGGACUACGUGAAGAGGCUCCAAAAGCUGCAGGAGACUGCAAGAGUCAAAGAAGAAAGAGGCAAACCAGGGUCACUUUUACACCAUUCCAGGUGCAGGAGCUCGAGAAGGUUUUCCAGCAAACCCAUUAUCCAGAUAUUAGCACCAGAGACCAGUUAGCCUCUCGCCUGCAGCUGACAGAGAGCCGAAUACAGAUUUGGUUCCAGAACCGCAGGGCCAAAUGGAGGAAGGUUGAAACACUCAGAGACAUAGAGCUGAUCACCAGGCAGCGCUUACUUUCGACCAAUCUUCACCGGCUUUAUUAUGAGAAGCCCCAGCUGCAAGCAAUGUGCUGCCUGCCCUGCUGUUUACCAAAACCUCUUCAAUCAAGGCUGUAUUUCAGCUCAUCAACAACACCGGCUGUGCUGACCGCCGCACAUUCUCCUGGUCACAGGACUCUGUAUUUUGACAUGCUGGGAACAGAACAAUAG